GUCCUAAGCGAUGGGUCUAGAAAAAUAUAUGAGAUUGUUAACUUGGAGUUUCUUUGUAUCCCCAUCGCCCUGUUUGGUAUCGUGUCCAAUAUUAUCAACAUCACAAUCUUCUACAAGCAAGGUCUGAGAUACACAGUCAACAUCGGCCUCACCGGGCUCGCGAUAUCGGACCUAGGCAGCCUCGUCGUCAUAGAAUGGUACAACGUCUGCUUCAAUCCAUUUUUCGCCGAGUCGGGGAUCCCGCUGGUUCUGUUUGAAUUCCAGCACCUGACCGCGGGGGUCCCCCACCUCUGCUUCACGCGAAUCACAGGGUGGAUCACCGUCUACAUCACGGCUGAGAGAUGUCUGUGUAUCGUCACGCCGCUCAGAGUCAAACGACUCCUCACCCCGGCGAGAUCGGCCCUGAUCAUCUGCUCGAUCUACGCGUUCACGGCCCUGACCUUGUUACCAGAAUACAUGAGUAUGUACAUCGAUUGGAAGUUCUACCCAGAAUCCAACAGGACUUUACUGGGGUUGAUUCAAAACUCCAGUAAGCAGAAUCUCAACGGUCUGACGUCUUUCUUGUACGGUGUGUACAUGCUCGUCGUGUUUGCGGCCGUCGGUCUGCUGACGGCGAUCCUGGUCGCCAAACUCAAACGCAAGUCUUUGUGGCGGCGUGCCGCAGCCUCGGACGCCAAUCAGUCAGGGGCGGUGUCCAGCAGGGACGCGAAGGCCAUGCGGGUGGUCAUAUCCAUCGCAAUCUCCAUGAUAGUCCUCUUCACCCCUUCCGUCCUAAUCACCAUCUACACCUUUGUCGAGCCCGAGUUCGGAAUCAGCGGGGCACUGUCGAACGUGUUCCUCGUCGCGUGGUCGUUCGCCUUGCUGUUUGAGGUGGUCAACUCCAGCUUCACGAUCGUGCUGUAUUUCUUCAUGAGCUCCAAGUUCCGUAAAUGCUUCCACGAGCUG